CGCGCCACGCACAGCCACAGUCCUCCAGCAGCAGACGGAGGUGCUUGAAGAGGGAAACAGAAACAGAAACCUAGAAGAGAACAUUUCAGGCUGCUCCGUCCAAACAAAAACGCUUGUUAGCAUGGCCGAAGAAAACAUCUUCCUGUUCGUCCCGAAUUUGAUCGGAUAUGCCCGUAUUGCACUGGCUCUGGUAUCCUUCUACCUGAUGCCCUGUUGCCCGGGCCCGGCAGUGUUUUGUUACCUACUGAGUGCCCUGUUGGAUGCCUUCGAUGGACACGCAGCCCGCGCUCUUAAUCAAGGUACAAAGUUUGGUGCCAUGCUGGACAUGUUGACAGACCGCUGUGCGACCAUGUGUUUGCUGGUGAACCUGGCACUGCUGUACCCAUCCUACACUUUCUUGUUUCAGCUCAGCAUGUGUCUGGACGUGGCCAGCCACUGGCUGCACCUGCACAGUUCCAUGAUGAAGGGAGCCACCAGUCACAAGACCAUUGACCUCUCUGGCAACCCCAUCUUAAGGCUGUACUACACAUCCAGGCCGGUGUUGUUUUUCAUGUGUAUGGGGAACGAGCUGUUCUUCUGUCUGCUGUAUAUAAUGUACUACAUUGAGGAACCCCAGGUGUGGCUGCAGUGGCUGCUGGGAGUUUGUGGCGUGGUCUGUGUGCUGAAGUCGGGCAUUAGUCUCCUCCACCUCAUCACCGCCUCCUGUAACAUGGCUGCUACCGAUGUGGCUGACCGUGAGAGAGAGCGGAGCAAAGCACAGUGAGACAUGAGAGUAUGCAGAAAACAA